AAACCGCCCAAAAAACUUUCUUUUGUUUUUUUCCAAAUACAUCACAAAACAUUAAACAAUAUACUUUUGGCAUUUUCUUAUUGAUUAAUAAUUUCUUGGCAGGUUAUUAUAAAAAAAAAUUUGGCCUCUUCUUAAGCUAUAAUUUCCUUCAUCUUCUACUUCCUCUAAUUUUCCAUGGCCUUGAAGUUCUCUCAAAUUCUCUUUAUAGUUCUAUGGCUCUCUCUCUUCUUUCUCCUCCUCCACCACUUGUACUCCCUCAACUUUCGCCGUCUCUACGCUCUAAACGCGGAGGAGCCGUCGAUGUCGAAGCACCACAACCGUCUCUACACCAUUAGAUUAGUCAGCAGAAAAGCUCUCUCCCAUAGAUUCGACUUCACGCCUUUCCAAAGCAGAGAAAACAACCGCCAUCACCAUCGUUCCGGCAAGAAACACGGCGGCGAUGAGAUCGAUCCUCGUUAUGGAGUGGAGAAACGCCGUGUUCCCUCCGGACCCAAUCCGUUGCACCAUUGAUGGUGGUGACACCUGUUUUGAUUUGAUUGGUAACAUUUAAGAAAAACGAGCAGAACUUACCUAGUUUUCAUUUUUUAUAUGUUGAUUAAAGAUUAUAGAUUAGAGAUUUUUUUUUUUCAAAACAAAAACA